AUGGCGGAACAACAACAACAACAACUACAAAGACAACAGCGAGUGUAUCGACAGCGACGGGACGUAUUCAACGAGUACAAUGACGACGAACUCAUCAAACGCUUCAGGAUGAACCGUGCUGGUAUAAUACUCGUAACAGUGGCUGAUAUAGUGAUGGACAAACUUCAAUCCCGAACAGAACGGAAUCGACCACCGAGUCCUGCGACGAAGGUGGCAAUUACCCUAAGAUAUUUGGCCACGGGUAAAAUGAAACAGUGCAGCAGUGACGACUUUGGGACCUCGCAAGCAACAAUCAGCCGUGUCAUUACUCAGACAAUUGCUGCACUGUCAGAACCAGAUAUUGUAACUCAAUUUGUAAAAUUCCCAUUGACUCGCCAAGAAGUGCAAGUGAAACAAGAAGAGUUCAUGGAAGACUAUAGGUUUCCCAGUGUUGUGGGUACCAUAGAUGGCACACAUAUUAGAAUUGUGGCUCCCAGUGUCGAUGAACAUUUAUAUGUAAAUAGAAAACGAUACCACAGCAUCAACGUGCAAGUCGUAUUCGAUGCCAAGUACAGGAUACUUGAUGUUUUGGCACGGUGGCCUGGCUCAGUACAUGAUGCCAGGAUAUUGGACGAGUCUGGCUUGAAGGCACUUUUUGAACAAAACUAUGUCCCAGCGGGAUGCUACCUUCUAGGAGACAGUGGUUAUCCUUGCAAGGAGUGGUUGCUGACGCCUUAUCUAAACCCUCUGGCUGGCGUUCAGACAAACUAUAACACAGCACACAAGAAGACACGUUGUGUAGUAGAAAGGGGGGUUGGCCAGCUCAAGCGACGGUUCCAUGUACUUCAUGGUGAAGUACGAUUGUCCCCAGAGAAGACAUGCAAAAUCGUCUAUGUCUGUGCUCUGCUCCACAACAUGUGCAAGCAGUUUAACAUUCCACUGCCUAUCAACGAGGAAGAUGAACUGUUCCACGAUGCAGCUGAAGGGGACCAUGUUAGGGUGGACAAUCUUCAUGAGAGCGAGACUGAGGGUGGACAAUCUUCAGCUGACCCGACCAUUCACUAA